AGACGAUACAUAGAAUCUCCAUUUUAGGGAGACUUGAUGGAAAAAUUACUGACAGCAGUUCCUUUUAUUUGUAUAUUAAUGAUUGGUUGGUUGAACUGGCUCAUUACUGAUCAUGCAGUACAACAGAAACCCAAUAAUGAGAAAUUGAGAAUAUAAAUGUCACAUAUUCAAGCGUGGCUUUGCAGAACAGGAAGAAGUCACACAAAUUUAUUUAAUGUAAGCUUUUACAUUAUAAACAAAUUUAACGAUUAUUCAUGGCAAUAAAGAUUUUGUGAAAUUUUUUUGACAUUUUAUUUGUGGGACGUCAUGACCUUUUUCGGAUGCCGUACUUCCGGGUUUGUGACCACUCAACUAGCUGGCUUAAGCUAACGACUUUUUGACAAACCAUUUAAGAUACCUCACAAAUAUUGUUACGCCUGAUUUGAGUUCACCUUACAGAGGUAUUCGUUUUUGUUUUUAAAUGUUGCCUAAAAGUGAAUUCAGGUCGUUCUAUUAACUCAAGGUAGCUUUUUUUUUUAAUCGGUAAAACGACGGUCGCUAAUAUGUGUCCCUUGAAGAGAUGUAUUUUUAGUGGUGCAGACUUCCUCGAUGUCAUUUGCCUUGCUUUCGGUCAAGCGGAAACUGGCAGACCUUUAAAGUGGCCCGCUGUCACCACAUGGCACACCCAACCACCACUCCGUGCGACCCCUCUGUCCACUUGGCCCGUGUUGGUAAACCAGUUCUGAUGAAAAAACGCCGUCAUGGAAAUAUGUUUUUCGCUACCGACCUGGAUUGCCGCGUCGAAAGCUGCUUAACCUUCACUGCGCCUUUUGUGCGCGACGUCUUGUGGGCGGUCCGGACGUACGUGACUUCCCGCCGUCAGCUUAACUGCGUUUGCGUUGGUGUCCGGUGAGGCUCGAGAACAUGUCAGAUAAGACUCGGAUGCCGAGCAGGGAGCGCGCCCUCGCCGGACGAAAGGAGAAAAUGGCUGUCGCAGACAAGCAUGCAGUCAACGGGAACGCCGCUGUGGAGCCUUUCCCAGAAGGGAUGGAGAUGAUCAUGUUUGGUAUGGGCUGUUUCUGGGGAGCAGAGAAGCUUUUCUGGAGAGUUUCAGGGGUUUUCUCUACCCAGGUGGGCUUCGCUGGCGGCUUUACACCCAACCCCACCUAUGAGGAGGUCUGCUCAGGUCUGACCGGACACACCGAGGUGGUGAGGGUGGUCUUCUCUCCCGAAGACAUCAGCCUCGCGGAGCUGCUGAAACUCUUCUGGGAGAACCACGAUCCAACACAAGGUAUGAAGCAGCACGCCGACGUCGGGACUCAGUACCGUUCGGCCAUUUACACUUCCAGCGCCACUCAACAGGAGCUCGCUCUGAACAGCAAAGUGGCCUACCAGAAGCUUAUCCUCACGAGGGUCACGGGGAGUACCGGAGCCUGUCCCAGCUGUCAACGGGCAGGAGGCGGGGUACACCCUGAACUGGUUGCUAGCCAAUGGCAGCGUUGUGCUGGAGGCGAAGGGCAUGGGUGCGAUCACAACAGAAAUUGUGGAGUUGCAGGAGUUCUACUACGCCGAGGACUACCACCAGCAGUACCUGAAGAAGAUACCGCAAGGUUAUUGCGGCCUCAAAGGCACCGGCGUUUCCUGCCCCAUCGGCGCGGGGAAAGAGGAGCCCUAAGCAGCAGUACACAGGAUCAAGUAAAGGUUCAUACUCCCGUGAUUGAGCUCGUGACAGACACAAAAAGUUCUGCACUUACUUAAACUUAUUAGUUACUAAUAUAGUGAGUGACGCAAUCAUAAAUUAAUCAUGUUUAAUCAACACAAAGUGUGAAGCUGUGGUUCUCAAACUUGGGUCCCUGGUCCAACUAAAACAUGGUGUUCUGCAAAAUAAUCAUCAUUAAAUUAUGUCGUAACAUUUUUUUCAACGUGCAUAACUACAUUUGGGAGACCGGCACACCAGUCAAGUAAACAUAUAAAAGUAAUUACCUCUGCUUACCCUACUUAAGGUUUUGCCUACCGUAAUUCCCGGCCUACAGAGCGUGCCUGGUUGUAAGCCUCACCCAGAAAGGAAAUACUAUUUGGUACAUACAUACACCGCAGCUGUGUAAAAGCCACAAGUGCCCACAUAGAAGUCCAUGUUGAAACACGAGAUAUUUAACAAAGAAAGACGGUACACAGAGAGUUUAACGCCAGCGCCGCUGCGCUAAUGCUAACGCUAGCGCCGCUGCGCUAAUGAUAACGCUAGCACCGGGCUAACCGGGCCGGUUGGAAAAAAACAUACCGGUAAAAAUCACUGAGACACGGCAGUAACACGCUAGCGCAGCGCUAACCGGACCGGUAAAAGUCACUUCCUCGGCACAUAUAUUCCACCGGCCUCACUUACCUUUUCCGCUCGAGUGCCCCCUUGUGGCCGUAGGAAAAAAUGCACAAAUUAGCCACAUUGUCGCAUUAACCGGAGGGUUGAAAGUGUGUGAAAAAAGUCGUGGUUUGUAGGCCGGAAAUUACGCUAAUUAAAAUCUGAUACCCUUCAAGGGCAUGCAGCAUUUUUUGGCUCUUCUCUUAUCUUACGCUUAUCUUGUAGAGGUGUGCAGGUGAGACAUGCUGACCUCGGGAAAAAUAUUUUCGGUUUGGUAGCGCAUACUGCGGGUCGAAUGUUUCCGACCUGGCCACAUUCCUCCUUUUGCAAUAUGGAAAUGGGGCCACACAUCUCCGGCAUUUAACUGACAUACAAAAUGAUAUGACAUUUUUUUAGGGAUUUUUCAUGGGACUUAAACUAAGGAGUGAAAAAAGUGGCAGUAAGGCUCAGAAAUAGUAAAAAAAAUAGCAAAAAUAUGUCCCCUUUACAGGGGUCCGUGGAAUCAAAAUGUUUGGGAGCUCGGGAUGCAGUGAUUAUCUUAUUCCACAUGAUGGCGUCAUAUGUUUGUAUGACACCCACACAUGUCUGUGUAGCCAGUUUAAGGGGGGGGGAAUGAAUCAAUAACAAUUUUUAAUGGAAAACGAUUUUAAAAUAUUUUCAAUGAAGCAGUAAUGUUGUAGUAAUUGAUUGUGUUGUACCAUUUAGCAGUUGUAGGACAUCACUGUAAUAAAUGUCAAAUUU